AUGCAGCGCCCUCGUUCCGUCGCACAUCUCCCCCAUCUCCCACCUCCCAUCCCUUCCCCAGACCCCGAGUACGUGGCGUUCCUAGCAGCGUUGGAGCAGGGCGAGGAGAGCCUUCCGAGCGCAGAGGUGCAGCUGGAGAAGGCAGACGCUGCCAAGGCCGCUGCUGCAGGAGCCAAGGAGCCGCUAGUGCUGACGCCCCUGGUGGAGUAUGUGUGCCAGAGACGCGCCAAUGCACGGACAGGCCCCCAGGCUCGUGUGGUUACCAGCAGACCCACUCGCCCUGUGGGCGCAGGGGGAGAGAGGGGGGCUGCGGGGAGGAUGGGGGGAGGCGCAGGGGGAACGCAUGCUCCCCCCGCUGCAGGGAGUGGGGCAGGCCGUGGGGGUGGGGGUGGGGGAGGGGGAGGGGGGAGUGGUGGUGGGGGUAAGGGGGGAGGCAGGGAAAGAGGUGCACGUGGAGGUGGGAGGAGUGGGGGAAGGGGCGGGGGAGGUGAGGGAGGUGGUAAAGGAGGGGGGGAGGCGGGCAUACCUGGUGCAGCUGGUGCUUCAGGUGGUGCUUCAGGUGGUGCAAGGGAGAAGGCCGAUUCAGCUGCUGUUACUUCUGCAGCACAUUCACGCUCGUCGCGCCGUCACGCGGCGGAUCUGCGGCGCAAGAGAGGCGGCACCAACAGCAGCGACGCCCACAGAGACGCUCAGAGGGACGCUCGGGCCACUCCCUCCCCUUCCUCCCUCGCGCCUGCUGCUACAGCUGCAGUCGCCUCUGCUACAGCCGGGGGUGGAGGGGCAGGGAGCUAUGGUGGGAGAGGGAGGGGCGGCAGUGACUAUGGCAGAGGAGGUAUGCCCAAAUUCGUUUAA